AUGGACAAGCUGCUCCUGUCUAAAGGAUACCAACUGGGGAACACGAUCGGGGAGGGAACGUACUCCAAAGUCAAGGAAGCUUACAGCAAGCUCCUGCAGACCAAAGUGGCCAUUAAAAUCAUCAACCAGCGGACUGCGCCCAAGGAUUUCAUUCAGAAGUUUCUCCCGCGUGAGUUACAAAUCGUGAAACAUCUGGACCACAAGAACAUUAUUAAAGUCCAUGAGAUCUGUGAGACGGAUGAUGGCCACAUCUAUAUCGUGAUGGAGCUAGCGGAGGGCGGCGACAUUCUUGAACACAUCAGGAGGGAGGGUCCGCUCCCGGAGUCUCUGGCCAAAACCCUGUUCCGCCAGCUGGCCCAGGCUAUCCGCUACUGCCACGACUCCGGCAUCGCACACCGGGAUCUCAAGUGCGAGAACACUCUGCUUGACAAAAGCUUCAACAUAAAGUUGGCCGACUUUGGUUUUGCCAAGUACUUCCGCAGUGGCACGGGUGAGCUCAGUAAGACCUUCUGUGGGAGCACAGCAUACGCAGCGCCAGAGGUUCUGCAGGGGGUCCCGCACGAUAGUGUCAAGAGCGACAUUUGGAGUUUGGGCAUUGUUUUAUACAUCAUCCUCUGCGGGCAUCUACCCUUUGACGACUCCAACAUCCCCAAGAUGUUGUGGCUCCAGCAGAACGGGGUGGUGUUUCCACAGCAGUUGGAACUCAGCCGGGACUGCCGCGACCUAGUGGGGCGGCUGCUGGAGCCCGACUCCAACCUGAGACCUCUGAUCCAAGACGUCUGCUUCCAUCCCUGGUUAGCAGACACCCAAUAAAGGUGCUCUUCACAGUGGUGCUUUACAUUUUUAUAGCAGGUGCAGUGGAGUGUGCACUCUGUGUCCACAGAAGAGGCUGGGACGGCAGGAGCUGCGCCCACUGGCUCUCGCACAAUGCUCACUCCGCCAGUUCCUGGCUCUCACAGAUAAACAUUUAACAAUAUCACCAUCCGCUGGAGUGAAUGAUUUCAUUCAUGGGGGUGCGGGGGUUGGGGAUGGGGGGGUAAGAGGCUGGUGCAGAGGUGGGAGUUCAUGAGACAGCAGAGUUUCCAAUCAGACCCUGGAGAGAGUCAGUGCCGUUUGUAAAUACCCACCAGGAGGUAACCGCAGGGGUUGGAACACGAGUUCCUUGGAAUUAAACACUGUCCAUUGAAGCAUUGGUGGCACCUAUAAUCAGGACAACUCUCUUCUCUGGGAACUUGAGGCACCGAACCCCGGGCAAAGAUCUUCCUAUGGCGUUGGGGGGUGGGGGGGGGGUGAGGUUGGCAGGGUGGCCUGUGAGAGAAAGACUCCACAGAUACACACACACACACUGCACCAACGCUGCUGUUAGUGGGGGUGUCCCAGAAGAAGGCAGCAUCUAUCAUGAAGGACCUCCCCCCCUAUCCUGGACAUGCCUUCUUUGGGGUGGUGGGGAGAGGGAGUGGAGGGUUAAGGUACAGGAACUUGAAGACAUACACAACGAUCCAGAAACAGCUUCUUCCCCCCACAUCGAAUAUCUGAACGGCCCAUGAAUCAUGUAUUCCUUUUUCCAACAUUUAUUUACUUGUUAAUAAACAAUAUGGCUAACACAAGAGGGCACAGUUUCAAGGUGCUUGGAAGUAGGUACAGAGGAGACGUCAGGGGUAAGUUUUUUUUUACACAGAGAGUGGUGAGUACGUGGAAAGGGCUGUCGGCGAUGGUGGUGGAGGCAGGUAUGAUAGGGUCUUUUAAGAGACUUCUGGAUUGGUACAUGGAGCUUAGAAAAAGAGGCCUAUGGGUAACCCAAGGUAAUUUCUAAAGUACGUACAUGUUCGGCACAGCAUUGUGGACCGAAGGGCCUGUAUUGUGCUGUAGUUUUUCUAUGUUUCUAUGUUACAAAUUAUUGUAGAUUUUUAUGUCUCGCACUGUACUGCUGUUGACUCGAUUCUGAUUUGGACACGAACAGCUUGGGCUCCAUCACUAACACUCUCAGUCCUUACAUCCCAUGGCGCACGGCCGAUGGGCGCACAGCUGGACACGGGCCACAUUACCUGGUGAAACUUCCAGAACAGGAAAAAGCUGCAGGGAGGUCACCUCAAGUCAACAGUUUCUGGUGGGUAAGAGGGAGUGAGGGAAUCGAGCGUGAGUGCAUGUAUGGAGGAGGGGGAUGAACAGGGGAGAUGGGGGAUGGACACAAGUGGCUCAAAAGGAACAAAGCCCUGAAGAAUUGGUGGCAAAGGGAAAGCUGACGACAGCUACUUCACAUUGGAAGACCACAGGGUGUGAGAGGAUGGGUUAUGAGAAAGCUCUGAGUGCAAUGAGGAGCACAGGGAUUGAUGGGAAGGGGUGGAGAAGGAAUUUGUGGUGCAAGGAGGGCGGCGAAUUGCAGAUGCUGGUGAGGAAGGCACUGUCAACAGAACAGCUGAUACAGGAGGCACAGGAGUCUGAAACCCGACAAUAAAUAAUUCAGGAACAGCUUCUUCCUCUCCACCAUCAGAUUCCGAAAUGGUCCACAAACUCAGGAACACUACUUCACAAUUUCCUUUUCCACUAGUUACUCUGUAAUUUCUAGUGAUUUCACGUCUUUGUACAGGAUUGCUGCUGCAAAACAGAUUUCAUGUCCUAGAUCAAUAACAAAACAUUUUUUCCACUCAGAACUGAGAAAGAGAGAAAAUAGGUUUGUUUGAGGGAUGGAGCGGACCAGGGAAUAUCUCUGGCUGGGUGAGGCCAGAGCUGCUGUGAGGAUAAUCAUGGAAACAGGACUUUGAUUUUUAUAUUGCUUAAUGUCCUUAAAGCAUUGUAACAAAAUUUGUAUGUUUUGGUUCAGUAUCAGUACAUCACAGGUUGUGAUAGUGUGGGUGGAGGAGCAAAAUAGCAUCCCUACUGCACCCACCAGAUCAGCCUCACAUCCGUCAGUGUCCUGUCAACAAUCACUUUCCUACAGAUAUUUGGAAACUGUUUCAAUAAACCUGUGAGCCUUCAAAAACAAUCUUUAAACUUCACUGAAAAUUUCUUUGCUCAUAAGUACAACCAGAAGUUUAUUAAUCAAAAUACUCAGCAAGUCAGACAGCAUCUGUUAAGAAACAUUCAUGGCACAAGUUAUCUGAAGAAAUGUCCUGCUGUAUAAGUGACUCACAGAUAGCACCUGAUUGUCACAGUAUUCUCUAGCAUUUUCAACUUCUGUUCCCAAUUUACAGUCUGUAUCCAUUGAUUUGUAUUUACCUGUUCAAACUUCAACAGUAUGUCCAGAAACAAUGGUGAUGAUACAUUUCCGUAGCAAAAGUACAUCCAGGAUGUAGCAUAGUGAAUAUACUCAAUGACCACUUUAUUAUAUACCUCCAGUACCUAAUAAAGUAGCCAUGAGUGUAUGUUUGUCAUCUUCUGCUGCUGUAGCCCAUCCAUUCCAAGGUUCUAAAUGUUGUGUGUUCACAGUAGCUCUUCUGCACACCAUUGUUGUAGAGCGUGGUUAUUUGAGUUACUGUCGCCUCGAACCAAUAUGACCUUUCUCCUCUGACCUCUCAUUAACAUGGCGUUUUCGCCCACAGAACUGCCAUUCACCGGAUGUUUUAUUUUGUUUUUGCUACCAUUCUCUGUGAAUUCUAGAAACUGUUGUGUGUGAAAAUCCCAGGUUAUCAGCAGUUCCUGAUAUACUCAUCCACCCCAUCUGGCACCAAUAAUUAUUUCAUGGUCAAAGUCACUUUGAUCACAUUUCUUCUUCAUCCUGAUGUUUGGUCUGAACAACAAAUGAACCUCUUGACCAUGUCUGCCUGCUUUUAUGCACUGAGUUGUUGCCACAUGAUUGGCUGAUUAGAUAUUUCCAUUAACAAGGUGUACAGGUGUACCCAAUAAGUGGCCACUGAGUGCAUAUUGGCUCAAAAGGCAAAAAAAAACUGGGAAUGCUGGGAAUUAAGAUAAAACAAAAAAACUUUGGAAAAUACUCAGCAGCUUCCACGGACACUGAAACAAAGUUGAUGCUUCAGGUCGAAGACUGUUCACCAUCAAUCUGAAACAUUUAAUCUUCCUGCACAACCUGCUAAUAAGUAGCUCCAGUGCUUUGUAUUUCAAACUUUAUCAAAUGCAGAUCUUCACAGUGGACGACUGCAUUUAUAACUUUCUCCACAUCCUAUCACAAAACUCCAGCUUCAAUCUGAAGGUAUAUGGAGUAAAGAGGUUUCCGAUCUUCUUGCCUUACACCCCAGGAAUGGCAGCACACAACAGCUCUGCACCUUCCCGUUACUCUACAACCUCAUGCUCCUACUAGGCUAUGGGUACUGUCUAAUAACCAUCUGGCUGACAUUACAACCAGCUGCAUUUUUAGACAAAUACCACCAACACAGUGACAAUUUCAGUUGGAGUAGGUUCUAAAGUCCCGAUUCAGUCCAGACCAUUUGGAACUUAAGAGUAACAAGUUUGUGUCAACUUCAUUCGCCCAUCACUGAACUAUUCUCACAAUCUAUGCCCUCAAUUUCAAGGACUCUUCAUCUCAUGUGCUCAAUAUCUAUGCUUAUUUAUUAUUGUUGUUUCAUUUUUUUCCUUUUUUGUAUUUUCAGCUUGUUGUCUUUAGUGCACUGUUUUUGUCCUCUGUUCAGUGCAGUCUUUCAUUGAUUCCAUUGUGUUUUUGUCUUUACUGUAAAUG